CUGUCAGUGAUGAAAUAGAUCUGUUUGUAGUUAUAAUGUAUUUUCGUGUAGUGUGGGCAUUACAUAAGUUACACUAUUUAAUGAGCACAUUUUACUCUCUUCUUGUAUAAACCGAGACUAAUUAUAUUUGAAUUGCACUAUAUUAACUUAUUUAAAAAUAUUCCGUUGAGUAUGUAUUUGCAUUUUAGCUGUGAUAUUACGGGUCUUCGUUGUUUGGUAUUUUGACAUGUGUAAUGUGAAUUAUUAUAUAACAUGACUAAUAAUCUUAUUCAAUUAACAACAUACUCUAUAUUGCUGUAUCUAUCUAUGACGGUGAUAGAUAAGAGACCUAAUUUAAAAAAUGCGCUGUUGUCCGUGAUAUCUGUACAAUAAAUAUGUACGAAAGUGCAAAACUACAGAAGCUGUUCUAAAAGUAUAGAGAAAUAGAAACUUUACCCUUUCUUUUGGAUUCGUUGUUGUCGGUUCAAAGGCAAAAAAUGAAGUACAAAAAGAAGUUAGUGUUGUUUUCGCUGUUCGCCAUGAACUUGGUCGAUCAGCCGGCGCCUGAGGUGGAAAUCCAACAAGGAAUUGUGAGCGGUAUCAUCAGUGCAGAUGGGUCGAUUUUAGAAUAUAUUGGUAUCCCCUACGCUACAGCAAAUAGCAGUAAUCGUUUCCAGGAUCCGUAUCCACCACCAAAAUGGGAUGGCGUGUACAACGCCAGAGAAGAAUACACGUGUCCACAACACUUUCCGUGGCUUGGGCUUAUUGGUUCAGAAGACUGCUUGAAAAUCAACGUUUACGUACCGGCAAAGGCCCAAGCACCUCUUCCGGUCAUGGUCUGGAUUCAUGGAGGAGCUUUCAAACUCGGCAGUGGGGGAAAAAUGCUUUAUGGACCUAAAUUUCUAUUGAAAAAGGAUGUCAUCCUAGUCACAUUUAACUAUCGACUUGGCAUACUCGGAUUUUUAUGUUUGGGAAUAAAGGAAGCCCCGGGAAAUGCUGGAAUAAAGGAUCAAAUAGCUGCUUUGAAAUGGGUGAAGAAGAACAUCGCCAAAUUUGGUGGAGAUCCUGAUAAUGUAACACUGUUCGGUGAAAGUGCUGGUGGCGCAUCGUCUUCUGUACUAUUAGCCAGUGAAGCAACUAAAGGUCUUUUUAAUAGAGUAAUAAUACAAAGUGGAUCAGCUUUAGCCGGUUGGGCGAUUAAUAGAAAUCCUAUAUGGAUAGCCAGCGUUAUUGCUAGAGAAUUAGGUCAUGAGACUGAUGAUCCGAACAAAUUAUAUGAAAUAUUUGCGAAAGCAGAUUUCAAAGAUUUAAUUGAAAUUAAUGUGAAGAAACCUUUACGCAAAUAUACUGAUACUCAACUAUUACACUUGCCAUGUGUUGAAAAGCCCUUCGAGGGUAUCCAGCCGGCUAUUAACGAUUCACCAUACAAUCUUCUUAAAUAUAAGCCAAAAAAUAUACCAAUUAUUUAUGGAUCGACCACUCAAGAAGGUUUUUUGAUACUGGCAGAUGAAACAGAAGAAUCGUUGCAAGAGAAAAAUGAUAUGUUUUUAUUCGCAUCAGAUUUGGAAUUUCCUUCUCUUGAAGAAGCAGAAGAAGUUGACAAAAAAUUAAAAGAAUUUUACUUCGGAAAUAAAAAAAUAGAUAUGAAUGUAAAAUUUAAGGUAUCUGAUUUGUAUACACACUUGUAUUUUGAAACGCCAGUCAUAUUAGAAGCCGAGUUAUUGCUUGAAAGUAGUAAGGCUCCGGUGUAUAAUUACAUUUUUAACUACUCUGGUGGAAGAAAUUUCUUAAAACAUAGGCUGAACUUCAAUAAUCAAACUGGGGCUUGUCAUGGCGAUGAGUUGUUGUAUUUGUUUGAUGGAUACCUUUGGCCAUAUGCUAUAAACGAUGAAGAUCAGAGAAUGAUUGACUUAAUGGCUACUAUUUGGACCAAUUUUGCUAAAUAUGGUCAUCCAACGCCAUCGUCAGCUAACUUGCCAGUGAAGUGGGAACGCAGUACAAAAGACAAGUUACAAUUCCUAUACAUAGACCACCGAUUAAAAAUGGGUCCAUUGCCUAAUCCCGAAGCCUACCAAAUAUGGCGAGAUAUCUACAAUAAGUAUAGAAGAAAAGACUUCAUAAAUACUUAUAACACUGUUUUUCCAUAAAAUUAUACUAGACAGUACUAAAAAAUUUGAAC